AUGGACUUUGCUCCCUAUCAAUCAUCUCCUCCGGAGCAUUCACGGGUGACCUCUCCCGACUACGCCUCUCCUCGACCAUCCUACGAUGCCAGACGAUCGUUUUCACCCGUCGCAUCUCCUCCACCGCUUCAGCACCCACAGCCACAAAGAGGAUGGAGCGGUUUCGAUGGCCAGUCAGCUGGCUGGGCAGCCAUCAGCCCUGAUAACCGCGCUUUCGUUGGAUCAAGCACAAUGCCUGGUACCUAUCCUGCUGCCGAAGUCAGCGAGUUCGACACAAGCUUAGGAAUGCGCCUGGAUUACGAAGCUUGUUUAGCAUAUGUUGCAUUUCCACCACUGGGUGCGAUUAUACUACUGAUCUUGGAACGGAAUAGUGACUAUGUGAGGUUUCAUGCUUGGCAAUCUGCAUUGCUAUUCACAGCCAUUAUGGUCUUCCAUCUUAUGUUUUCAUGGUCCACGUUCCUGAGCUGGCUCUUUUUUCUUUGCGACAUUGCCUUAAUUUCCAUUCUCACUUUACGGGCUUACAAAGACGCAGAGAUCCUCGACAGAUUCGAGGUGCCAUUCUUCGGUGCCCUGGCUAGCCGAUUCCUUGAUGAUGAGUAA